AUGGCUUCAAUCCUGGCAAACGAUGGAACAAAUCCGUACAAUAUGCACGGAGUAAGCCCGGGGGUGUUAGGUCCAGAUCGCCAGGGCCGAGCUAGGCGCGACACUAAUUGCCUACAUCGUAUAUCGGACGCCGUACUCCGUACAGAUCUCGAAGAUCUCCGCUCUGUCCUGCAAUCGAGACAUCCACGCGAAUCAGCUUUGCGUGCCAAGAACAAGGGCUCCCCGAUCGGAGAUCGUCCGCUGAUCCCCAGUGGAGGGGUAAUCCACUUCAAUCUCAGCUCUCCAGGCAGCCGGUUCCGAUCCAUAUUGAGACAAACCCUUCGCACACGGACUUGCACUGAUUUCACUUCCAAUUGCCAAUUCACCAUGGUUGCCGAGCACCUCACUAUCCGCAACAACACCUCUACUCCAAUCGCCCUGAAGCGCAUUGAGCGCUUCUAG